CAAAAAAGUUUGUGUUCAAAUGAAAUGGCUCACCAACAGUGUAGUAUUCUUAAAUAUUUUUCUGUUUUUACCACCUAACUUUACUUUACUACCUGUCAGAUUAAAUGCUUUUGGCGUAUGUAUCUGGAGAAUCGUGUUGAAUAUUAUUGUUUUAGCUGGGUAUAUUAUAUAUAUAGAGUGGUUAGUAAACAUGACACAAAACUGACUUGGUUUAUCUUUGGUUCAACCUUACUGCAGAGAAAUCCAAAUUUUAGAUACACGAGUAGUUGAUGAUUUAAAUUGGGUUUGUCCCAAGGCAGGGGUCUUCAACUCAAAACAUGUCGCGGGCCACUUUUUGAAAUUUAUUGACCACGCUGGCCUCAAACCAAGAAAUUAGGUACAAAAAUGAGUAUCUGAAUGUAUUGUGUUGAAAUUACACUUGAAUCUUACAGCAAACGAGACAUGAAACAUAUUCAUUCACUUGUGCUGGAUAUUCGGUCUCGAUGUUUGGCCUUAUUAUGCGUUGGUAUGCUAGUCUUAAGACAACAUGCAAAUGCUCGUACGUUAGUCGUGUGCAGAGAACUGACUUGCUAACUUUGAUAGUCGAAAAAAACUGCACGCAAAUAUAAGAACUGCCAAAAAUCGCAGGUAUGCAAAGUGAAUGUGCAGUGCAAUUAGCUUUGCAAACCUCUCUUCGGGCACCUUGGACUGACCGAAACUCGUUUAUUUCGUCACAAUGAACAUGCAACAUGAAGUUAUUGCAUUAUACCAAUAAAAUAAAACAUGAACGUGGACAAAAGGGGGGAAUUUUGCUUCACUUUUUACAGUUUGUCGGACCGAACUCAUGAUGAUAAAUGACACGAUAAAACCUACUAAAAGUUGACAUCGAAUUAAUUCAGUUUUUUGUGGAAAAUUCCCAACCAUGACGUGGGCCGCAAAAAACUGGCUGGCGGGCUGCGUGUUGGAGACCCCUGUCCUAAGACCUAGCCGUCCUAGCCACCAUAUCCCAGUUAGUUAUAAUAAUUUGGAAGGUUAAAGCAGUUGUACUUGUACAUGCUGGUGUUGCAAUUGGAAAGAUUGCUCGGCACUGGAUCAUAGUCAGUUAUAGCAUUUUGGCCUGCAUUUGGUAUUUUAUGACUGAAAAUUAUAGGCUCAAUGUUACGCAAAAAUCAAAAUAACUACAAACAUCAAGAAAAUACCUAUUGUCUGGCCUAUGUGAUAUUACAAUUGAUUUUAUUCUGACGUUAUGUAGUUAUCCAUUGUUUGAUCAUAAUGCAGCAUUCUAGUCAGGAAAUAAACAAUUUGAAAAUAUGCCCUUAGUAUUGUGGAACAUUGUUUGUUGCGGAUGCAAGUUGUAUUAGGUUGCUUCUGAAAAUGCCAGGCACAAUAAAUAAUGCUUUGCAAGUUGUUGCUCCGUAUGGAUCAAAUUGUAGCAUGAUGCCGACUGCAGACAGUAAGUCAUCUAUAUCACAGAAAGCAAAAAAGGAUCACAGAAAAAUUCAGGAUAUUUUAGGAGACUUGAAGCCUAAAUUGGACAUUUCAGAAGAUAAUGAAGUAAAUCAUGCUGCUUCAUGUGUUAGGAAAGGACAAUUAGUAUCAGAAAACAGCAUCAAAAAUCUAUGUCUUGACCUUUCCCAUGGAAUGCACCUGAAGCCAGUUUCUACGAGAAAAGUUAACUUUCGGAACCCAGUAAGAAGCACUCCAGUCCAUCCACCUCAAAAUUCUUUUAUUGAUGAUCCCAAAUUCAAAACUGAGGUACCGACGACCCGGAAUGUCAUACAGAGUUAUGUAGAUAAUACCUAUUCAAAGAAUAUUGCAGUUCAUUUGAAGAUGUCAGCAAAAGAGAAAAGGCCUUCUUCAAUGAUAUAUGAAUUUAACAAAGUGUGCCGGAUGAUUUCGCAUUUACCAAAUCCUGUUUCAAGACAACUAUACGAGGAAAUGCACAACAGGAGAAUAAAGAGCUCAGAAUUGAUGCAGCUCAGGGAUAUGCCUUGUUAUAAAGAACAUGUUGAACAUCAUGAACCUCCAUGCAUAACAUAUUUUAGUCCAAAACCCAGUCAGCUUUAUCUUCAUAAAAAAGAGGACAGGUUGGAAAAGGCAGUGAAAUCGUCUUUGGAAUCAAAUUCUGCAGUUCAGGCACCAUUAUCUACAGUCAAGGUUUUUUUCAUUUUUUAUAUUCAACUUGAAUUUGAAUCACGGUCAUUUAAACUUGAAGAUAGAAUCCAAAUGAAGAGAAAUUGAAAUAUAAAUAAUUUAAAUGCAAUUUGGGUAUAUUUUCGCUUCAGAAAUAUUCAGUAUUUUCCCUGAGAUAUUGCAAGAAUUUCUUGCAUUAAUUGGUAUUGGUCAUAUUGGUAACUUAGUAAUGUUAGUAUUGCUAGUUGUUUGUUUGUUUAAACUUGAAAUCUUGCAAUGCUUGUCUUCAGAUCUUUUUAAAUGUUGCAUCAAGAUACACUUUUUACGAGUUUCUUAGGGAGCUACAGAAAUAUGGAGAUAUAGAAAGUGUUGUUAGGCAUGGAGAGAGGUCUUUCAGAGUUGUAUACAGUGAUUUGGUAGGAGCCUGCAAUGCAGUGACGGGAUUGAGAAACAAUACAAUGCUACUUUGUACAUGGCAUCACCGGCAUCUCGAUCAAAGAAAAUUUUUAAAACGUGGGAAGGGUGCUUUGAAGGUCGUCAUCUCUCAGUUUUAAUUCGGUGCUUUGCUAUUCAUUAUUAAUGUUAUUUUUUACACUAUUCUUGUGUAUCUCUGCAUUAUUGUAUUUCUAGGAUUCCUAAUUUUUUUAUUUUGCAUAUUUGUUGUUUGAUAUUGAAAUAAAUAUAAAUGGUGUAAUCACUUGUAUCUGCUUCUUGAUGGAUUGCCUUCUCAAUCUAAGUUGAAAUAGACUUUCAGUAUAAAGGUAAAAAAUGAAGAUUUUUGGUACAAAGGCCUACUCGACUCACCACAGAUUUAGAUCUUACUUCUAGUGGCCAAACUCUUUAACUGUUGUGAAUGUGACUUUAUAUGCCUUUGGCUCAACGGUUGACAUGCCAUACUAGGCAUUAAAAACAUAAUUGAAGUCUUAACUCAUUUAUGGAUAAAAUCAGGCUGGUGUUUGAAGUCUUUUUGUUUUUUGAGAGCGGGUAUACUACUCCCCUCAUACAGGAGAGAUGCCACUCAAACUGAUUCCUGAGGGUGUGUUAGUGAUACCAUGUAGCUUCAUAUUUUAAAUCAGUUGAUUAUUGAGACUACACAUUUUUUUGGGCAAAAGUACUGUCUUAGUUUUUAAUUUAAUAUAUAUUAGCACAAAACGGGGCUGUGAACUGAGCCAGAGUCGUAUUUUCAAACUCUAUUUGAAAUUCUGGUUUCUUUGGAAUAUCGGCAAAAGAAACCGAUUCGGCGUCAACGGUAAACAUUCCCAGACUUCGAAUUUCUGAACCAAAUUCAUGUUUC